AUGCCAGCUCGACAAUAUCCAGUCUCCUCCGAGAUCGUCUCAUCACCAAGUCCGACUUCACCUCACCAUAGAUCUUCGCUCCGCCGCUUGAGUUCUCUCGCCAAUCUACAGCAAUUCAAUCCAUUCAAUUCGUUUAAUCGCAGACGCUCAAGUCAUGGCACCCAGAACUCGGACGAGGAUCCGUAUCUCCUCAAAACUUAUCAACAACAAUCACAACAUCAGCAUCGUCGCCAAACCUACAUGUCACUGUCUGAGGAUCCACUACCCGUCUUACCCAAAAGUUGUACAUUCAGCAAUCUGCCCAUGACACGGACUCGUAACCACUCUAAGCCACCUGCAUCCAUGAAACCAUCUUCUCGUAUCCCAACGCCUUCGAUGGGACUCAAUGCAAAGGCCAGAUUGGCGAGUGCCACCAAGAGCAUUCUCAAAGUAGGCAACCGACGUGGCCUCGUCCGCUCAGACACAGAGCCGUUGCUUAUUCCUCGUCGUACACCAAAUGCUUCAGGCUCGGCUCGCGUACUCAAGGAGAACGUAACAUUGAGCACAAACAAAGGAGAGACAGAAAACAUACCACUGCAAUUGCCGAAUGUCCCUCUGGCUUCAAUUGACCUCAACGCGCGUCGCCCUGAGAGCCCAUUGAAGUUCCUCAAACGGCCCCAGACUCCAGCUAAACAGCCAUCCAAGUCGCAGCCGAGAAAGGAUUCUCUACAGCCAUCCACGCCUCAGACACCAGUGACCAUAAAAGCUUCGAUCGAUCCUGCACAAAGCCCAACUACACUUACCACUAGGCCAAGAAGACAAACGAUGCUCCAUCCAGAUGUCGUUCCUUUACUUUCUCCGACUGACAACAAAAAACAACGCUCUUCACUCGGCUCCGGUAUUCAGCCUCAUCAGCUUCUGAGAUCCCGCAACGUACCCGUACCUCCACUGAUAUCCCGCCCCCGUCCCUUGGUUAGCUACCUUCCUUCUGGAGAUCUUGCUAGCAGUGUCAACAUCGCCAGCGAUUAUGUCACAUCAGCGCAGUCCACAGCUUACUGGAGCGGCCGCUUGAUGUCUCAAUUCGAUCGUCAUCGUAACGAAAAACUUCAGGCGUCUAUGAGUCGUGGCGAGCUAUCGUCAACAUACCCAGAGAAUGACUUGAAACUGUGUCUGAGAGAGUUGCAGAAGAAGUGUGUGACUGAGGCUGCGAAGCUUAGCUUCGCAAUGUUCAAAGCCAGGGUGUAUGUCAAGGCAGGUACACUGGGCACAACAAGGGGAACUGUGGAGAGCGGUAUGGAGGGAAGAGGCAAAGACAUGGUUGAAGCGUAG